AUGAACUCCACCCACAGCAUCGCGGCGCCACCGCGAUGGCCGGCGAUAGUGAUAAUGUCCGUCGCGGUACUGGGCACUUCGAUCCUGCGCAGCGCGCGACUGUUCCUUAUCGAGCAGGCGCUCUGUCGCGCGUACUUCGAGAUCGAGGACCCUGUGCUCGUCGGGCCGGACGGGAGCGUCGACGAGUCGCGAUGCAAGUCCAACGCCAUGCAAGCCGACGUUUCGCUAGUUUCUGGACUGUUCGAAGUGGUGACGAUGGUCUGCGGCCUCAUUGCGACUCCGGCGUACACUCGUCUGAUACCCAUGAUGGGCAAGCGCAAGAUCCUGUUGCUCAACCUAUGUGGUAUGACAGCAGGAGCCGUCUACUCGACGGCCGUGUGUUUCUUUCACAACUUCUUCAAUAUUCGCAUGAUAUGGUUUACGGGACUGUUCGAUCUGAUUGGAGGCGGGCUGCCAGUCCGCAAUGCUCUGCUGUAUACCUACAUCGCCGAAGCGGUGAAAACUGGUUUCUUGAGCGAGACGUUGUAUCAAGUCAGCACCUUGAACCUGGCGAUGAACUUCUUGGGGACUGCUCUGGGCGCGGUGCUGCUAGAUGUCGACAUAUGGCUGCUAUCACUCCUGGGGGCAGGGUUUGGCGCUCUUGCCGUUCCCUUCUCCCUUGGGCUCGCACCGUCCGGUCAAGUCGAAGAGCUUGAAGCGUCAUCAUAUGGACCUCUGCUGCAGGGCGAAGACGGCGGCGAAAACGUGCUGUUGACGGAUGUAGAAGACGAGGAAGAGGAGCUGCCGGAGCCGAAGACGAUUGCGCAAACGCUUGGGGCCGUGGUGAUGGAAGCAACCCGCUCAUCCAGUAUUUUGGUCGAUCUGUUCCGAGACCCGCUGGCACGCGCGACGCUGCUCAUUUACCUGUUGGACGAGACGGCGAUAUACGUGCGCGUCACGCUGCCGCAGUGGGCGGUCAAGCGGUUCGACUACACGCUGGCCGAGGCCAACGCCAUCACCUCGUUCUCCAUUGUCGUCAACGGCGCUGUGCUGCUACUCAUCCCACUGCUCUCGCGCAAGGUCCUCCGUCCGUUCCUGGGCUCUCAACAGCUCGUCGACUUCGGCAUCGCCAGGGCCAGCCUCUUGUUCAACAUCAUUGGCAUCCUCUGCGUGGCCAUCUCCCCCCUCGGCGCAUUCCACAUUCUCUCUCUGGCCGUCUAUUCUCUCGGCUCAGGGCUAACCGACUCGCUCCGCUCCUUGGUCACCGAGGCCGUAGGCAGUGACGAGGGCGUGCGGAAGCUGUACAUGGGGAUUAGCAUGGUGGAGACGGUUGCUGGGCUGGCCGGCACCGUCUUGUGGAGCUCGGCCUUCUCGGCCGGAAUCCGGUAUGGCGGAACUGCGCUUGGGAGGAUUCCCUUCUUCGCAGCCGCGGGGUUGUUUGGCCUAGGGCUAUGGGUGAUGGGCUCGCUGGGGAGACUUGUUUCAGGAGUCUUGGACAGGGCGGACUGA